GCGGUCGAGUGACGUAGGGGGGGAUGUUUUGCUAACCGUUAGCAUCGGGAGCUAACGGUGCGUCUCGGCUCUCGGACGGGCUCAGCGCGGUUUCCCCGGUGACCCGCGGGUGGAUGUGGACCGUGGACACGUCCGUAGCGACACGGAGACAUGAACGGGAGCACGAACCCGCUGCUGGACAAAGAGGAGCACGCGCUGAAGCUCGGGGAAAGUUUCGAGAAGAGGCCGAAGUCCUCGUUUCACACCAUCCGAUAUGACUUCAAACCAGCAUCGAUCGACACGAGCUGCGAGGGCGAGCUGCAAGUCGGGAAAGGAGAUGAAGUCACCAUCACGUUACCGCACAUUCCGGGCUCCACGCCGCCCAUGACGGUUUUCAAAGGGAACAAGCGUCCGUACCAGAAGGACUGCGUGCUCAUCAUCAACCACGACACCGGGGAGUUUGUUCUGGAGAAGCUGAGCAGCAGCAUCCAGGUCAAGAAAACCAGGGCCGAGGGCAGCAGUAAGAUCCAGGCCCGGAUCGAGCAGCAGUCGGUCCGCUCCAGUCAGCCCAGCUCUCAGUUCCGGGCGCCCACGAAGCCCGGGGCCGGGGUCAAGACGUCUCCUUCCCCUUCGAAGGACAAUCCCUCCCCUGAGCCUCAGCUCGAUGACAUCAAAAGAGAGCUGCGAGCCGAGGUGGACGUGAUCGAGCAGAUGAGCAGCAGCGGCAGCAGCUCCUCCGACUCGGCGAGCGCCUCAGGCAGCGGCGACGACAGCAGCAGCGACGGCGAGCACGACGCCCCUCGACCGCUCAGUCAGACCUCGCCCAGCCGCCCGCCUGUGGCCAACGGGGGAGUGGACCGGCAGCCGGGCAACAACCAGCUCAUGAACACGCUCAGAAACGACCUCCAGCUCAGCGAGUCGGGCAGCGACAGCGAUGACGACUGAACGCUGGUCGCUCUCUCGCUCUGUCCACACUCCUCCUCCUCCUCCUCCUCCUCCUCCUGGUUCACUUGUUCCUUUGCUGUGGUAGCUGACCUAAGCCGUAUAUCUUGUUUUUUUAACUUUAUUUUAGUAAAUCUUCGACGCCGGUCAGCCUAGAACUUUAAGAGUGUAUUUUUAUUAGAUGUAUAUUUUGUCUUGUAAAGCUAAAACGUUAGAAAAAGAAACUUUUACUUGAGAGAUGUGGAAGAUUAUAUAUUAGAGUGCACAUACAUAUUUUCUGUACUUAGAGCAGCUACUUUUAUCUCUUGUAUCUUUGGGUUUUGUCUUCAUGGUGAAACGAGGAGGAGCCUGACUGGGAACAUCAUCCCUGACUCUCAUCUCCUCAUAUCGUUCAUCAGAAGGUCGUGGGAAUCAUUUCACUUCGAGAAGAAAACAAACAUUUGAAUAUUCACACAGAAACAUUGUUCUGCCUGUGAAUGAGAAAAAAAAUAUCUAAUGUCGUAAAUGUUGAGAUGAGCGUUUCUUUACUUUCUGCUCAUUUUAAAAAUGAAUUUUAAAAUCAAAACCAACCUAAUAUCAGAUGACAUUCAUCAGAGGAAAACAGCUGCUGGUUAUUUUUACUUAUUGUCAAUGAAUCCUAUGAAAAGACCAAAACCAUCAGUGUCCCAGUGCUUUUCCUCAUCUCCCCACAGAACCCAGUAGAACCAGUAACUGCAUCAGAGCAAAGAUUCCACCAGUCACAGCCAUCGGUUAAUCAGAGUUCAUGGAACAUACAACAUUUGAAAAUAGGAUUAAAUCUGGAAAAGGGAAAACAAAAGAACUUUAAUUUCACUUUUCACAAAACCACGACUCUUCAUUUUAUCGUUUGUCGUUGUUGUUUCGCGUCAUUUUAUUCAAACAGAGAAACAAGUUGUUCAUAUAAAACCAUUCGCUGCCUCACAGCGUGAAUCCAGAAUCCUUCUAUCCAGAGUGAAUGUGUCACGUCCUGAAAAAGCCAAAGAGUUGAGCCCGUGCACACGUCAUCACGUGCACGGAGCCGGACCGGUCGAGCAGUGUAACAGAAUUUGUGUUGUUGUGUAUUUGUUCUAUCAGAGUUUGUGUUGUUGUGCUUUGACGAAGUGAAGUCAGUGAUUGUUUCCUUUUGUCUGCAGCUGAAUAUCGUUUAGUGUCGCUCAGAAACACGGCUGAAGAGUUUCAGCACAGAAACCACGUGAACACUGAAUCAUGAGCAUGUUUCAGAACUGGAACUGGUAAAAAGACAAAUUCUUCAAAGUUAAAAGUUGCAUAGUGUUUAAUGUUUAAACUCAUUCACACAAACACAUGACGCCAUCGUGAGUCUGUUGAAACCUCAGACUCUCGUGAUUUAUUGUUUUAUUGCAUCGGCCAGUUAAAGAUUCAUCUGAGUUUUAAAUGAUAAAGUGAAACUGCAGAAUUGUCGGUGGAAAGAAGUGACGCCAAAUUUAACUCUCAGAUAAAAGUCGUUUAAUUUCUUCAUCCUCUGAUCGGCCACUGGAGUUUUUACCCUCUUGUUAAUAUAUGAACUUUUAAUGCUGACGUGUGAUUUUGAAAUGAAACUCUUCAGCUGCUGCGGUGAACGAACAUUUAAAGAAUGAUCUGUCGUCAGGAUUCCACCGUGUUUUUAGAGCUUUGCCGUGUUUCUCAAAAGGUUCGAGCCGGUGACUCAGGACACAGAUGAUUGUAAGUCCCAGUAUCAGACGGACGCCUGAAGACGGUGGAGGACAAACCGCUCAGAACUAACAGUUGAGAGUCAGAUCUCCAGCUUCUCUGAUCCCUGGUUCCGUUGAUGUAUUUCUUCUCUUACGUGAGAAACUGUCAGAGGUCGAUGUUUAGAUUUGUCCUCCUGACACCCCCCGUCACAGAUCAGCUGUCUCACGGACUCUGGUGUAUCUGGUGCUUUAGUUGUCAUGUUUUUGUUUUAGUGAAACGUUUAUAGGAAAUAAGUUUGUACAAAUUUGAAGUGUAUUAAAAUGCAAAUGUAUUUAAAAAUCA